AUGCUGCGCUCCGUGUGUCCGUCCGCGCGUCAGCUCUACAAAGGCUCCGGGAAGCGCCAGCGCGAUGGGAUCGUGGCCCUUGCCGAGGUCAUUAAUAGCGUAAUCAAACACCGUUCAUCGCUGAGCGGCCACAAAACUAUCAGAGGCCUUUUUGGCGGGGAGGAAGAGGAGGGACAAGAGAGGAGGAGCGGAGGGGACUGGGUGGAGCAGGGGGGACCGACGAGGAGGAUAAGGGUCGAUGGCGGUGGUGCGGGGUCUCCAGGGAUGAAGAUCUACAUCGACCCCUUCACUUACGAGGACCCCAACGAGGCGGUCCGAGAGUUCGCCAAGGAGAUUGAUGUCUCCUUUGUGAAGAUCGAAGAGGUCAUUGGAGCAGGGGAGUUUGGAGAAGUGUAUAAAGGACGCCUGAAGUUGCCCGGCAAGCGGGAGAUCUACGUGGCCAUCAAAACGCUCAAAGCCGGCUACUCCGAGAAGCAGCGCCGGGAUUUCCUGAGCGAGGCCAGCAUCAUGGGGCAGUUUGACCACCCCAACAUCAUUCGGCUGGAAGGGGUGGUGACCAAAAGCCGACCGGUCAUGAUCAUCACGGAAUUCAUGGAGAACGGGGCCCUGGACUCGUUCCUGCGGCAAAACGACGGGCAGUUCACGGUGAUCCAGCUGGUGGGGAUGCUCAGAGGAAUUGCUGCCGGCAUGAAGUACCUCGCCGAGAUGAAUUACGUGCACCGAGAUCUGGCCGCCAGGAACAUCCUGGUCAACAGCAACCUGGUGUGCAAAGUGUCGGACUUCGGCCUCUCGCGCUACUUGCAGGACGAUACGUCCGACCCCACCUACACCAGCUCCUUG